AUGGAGGACUACGACAUGCCGCAGAACCAGGAGGGGAGGGACGUGGGAACGACGGAGACUGUCUACGGGGAGUGGACGAGGAAGUUGCACGGCUGGAGGCGCAACCAGCCACUACCAGAGUACGCAGGUCUGCUAGACAAGAUGACAGAGUACUUCAAGCGCCACGCGUUCGCUCCAAACAACGAGCUGGAGGUGCGGCUGGGAAAAGUGCACGAGAAACCAAGGCGCUUCGAACCGGGGGUGUCCGCGAACAUGUUUCACAAGAUCCUGGAGGGCCUCCGGAGCUAUCAAUCCUGGGAGGACGAGACGGUGACGAGACACACUGACUACCUCACCGGCGAGAGGCGGCUGCGUGUUUACGAGGACCCGGGGAUGCCACCUGAGCUAGUCGCCAAACGGUCUCUGGUCUCCUUGGAUGUCGUCUCGAUGGGGUCUCCGUUCGAUUUCCGCUUCUCAAUCGCAAAAGAGAAGGUCGUAGAGGCGACGGAGCAGGACAUAACCAGCAUCACGGCAAACGCCAAGCAUAUCCGGCACAAGGAGCGCAUGACCUUCGCCUACAAGGCAUGGCUCUUUGACCUGACCAUAGUGCGAAGCCAGAGUGGGGCCUCUUCGGUGCCGACAGACGACUGCUUCGACGACACGUCCGAGGAGAGGAACGGAGGGCGGGUCUACGAGGUGGAGAUCGAGCUCCGAAAUCUCGCGACCAAGGUCAAAAAGACGGCUUUCAACGCGAUGAGGCUCGCAGACUCCACCCUGAUAAAGCUCUUUGAUCUGAUGAACUUUGUCGAAGAGAUUCAACGGGAGGUAGAUCUCCUCAAAAUCAUUCGUUGCACCAGUGUGGUUGAGCUCUUUGACGCAUGGUUCGAUCCUGAACGAAACGAGUUCCAUAUCGCGACAGAGCUCUUUCUGAGUGGGAGCCUAAAGGACUAUCUCAAACGCCACGGACACAUUGCAUUGCCUGUGGUCAAGAGAUGGACGCGAGACCUUCUGGAGGGCCUCGUCUACCUACAUGAGCAAGAACCACCAAUCGUCCAUAGGGAUGUCAAGUGCGACAAUAUUUUCAUCAGAGGGGACGUUGGGCAGGUCAAGUUGGGCGACCUUGGCCUGUCCACCCUCAAGAACAGGUCUUCGAUGAGCAGUGUCGUCGGGACGCCAGAGUUCAUGGCUGAAGAGAUGUUUAACUCCGAGUACGACAAGAGAGUUGAUUGUUACUCCCUGGGGAUGUGCGUGCUCGAGAUGACGACCCUCGAAUACCCGUUUGCAGAAUGCAAGAAUAUUGCACAGGUCUACCGUAAAGUCAUGGAACGAAAGCCCCCAGACUCCCUGCAGCGGAUCAAGGAGCCAGAGUUGAAAACCUUCAUAACGAGGUGCCUCGCCCGACGAAGCAUCAGGCCCACCGCGAAAGAGCUCCUGAGCGACCCUCUGUUGAGCGAUUGCAAUGACCCCAGCCCUCUGCUCGCAGAGCACAAGGCGAUCCUGAUCAGAGUAGAGCCCAUAGAUACGACGGCACCAAAGAUUCCGAGACUGCUAUCCUGUUGCUUUUGA